AUGCGCCGUGCCAUUACGCCUGCAACAAGGCUGCAAGUCACGCUUCGAUACCUUGCGACCGGAGAGAGUCACCACUCCCUCAGCAGACAGUUCAGACUGGGCCACUCCAGCGUGAACGACCUCAUCGCAGAGACAUGCACAGCUCUCUAUGAAGAAACAUGCACAGCUCUCUAUGAAGAAUUAAAAAGCGACUGUUUGCAAACACCGAAGACUGAAGAUGACUGGCAGGCUGUCAUAAAGGAAUUCAGAGAAAAUUGGCAAUAUCCAAAUUGUGUCGGGGCUAUGGACGGCAAACACGUGCGCAUCACAAAACCACCAAAAUCGGGCUCUAUUUACUAUAAUUAUUUAAAAACCUAUAGCAUCGUUUUGUUUGCUGUCGUCGACGCAAAUUACAGAUUCAUAUACAUAGAUGUCGGUGCGCCAGGCUCCAAAGGAGAUGCAGGUGUUUGGCAGACAACACCUUUGCAACGAGCCAUUUCAAACAACACAGUAAAUCUGCCAAAGGUGGUGAAAGUGGCUACUGAUUCGGACUUGCUCCUGCCGCCAGUCUUUGUGGCCGACGACGCAUUCCCCAUCGGCAGGAACAUAAUGAAGCCCUUUGGAGGCACCCCACUCUCGGAUGACCAGAAGGUAUUCAAUUACUGGUAA